AUGUAAGAUAUAGAUAGAUAGCUGGAUUAAUUAUUUGAAUUGUUUAAAGAUAAAAAAACAAAACUAUUUUCAGUCGACUCAUUUAUUGCCGCAUUGCAAUCAGCAGGUAUUUGAAUUCUGAUUAAUUUUAGACAUGACUCAAAACACAAAGAUUUUAUAGGAAAGAAUAGCUUAAUUCAAAAAAUAGUAAUUAACAAAAUAAGAAGUAUUGCAAUUGUUUUAAAAUGAUAUAAAAAAUGUAAUGAGAUUAAUAAAUAUAAGAGAGAGAUAUAUGUUUAGCAAUAUUCAAUUCCAUUUAAAAAAAAAACUAAAGCUAUAUUACUGUUUAAGAUCUCUAAAAUUUGAAUUAAAUUCAUAAUCUAGGUUAUAAAGAUGAUCAAUUAAAUUUCAUUAUGAAAUAUUUAGGAAAAUAGAAUCAAAUUACCAGCGAAUAAUUUGUUCAAUUACUUCAAUAAUAACAUUAUUGA